CUAAAAUCAGGAAUGCGUCGCCUUUUCAGUUUCAACCUGGUCUGUGACUUGAAUGUUUGUAACCAAAUUUUUUUGCGUUCAGAGAGAGGAAGGGAAUCUCAGUGAGGCUGGUUAAGUAUGGCACAGUUAUCUGUACUGGAUGCUUUGAAUGCAACAGACUGAGCCUUACAAAUUAAGCUUUCGGUGUAUAAGAAUGAAAUCAGGGCAAUACAAAUACGAUUGUUAAAUGAUCAUAUGAGAUGUUGGUACCAAAACAGCUGAAGGUGAAUUUGCAGGAUGCAAUCCAGUGUUUGGCUAAGUAUGAUCAGUACUAAAUCUAGGCGAAGUCACGACUGUGAUUUUAAAAACAUAAUAAAUUAAUGUUAAUAGCAAAAUAUUGUGCAUGUUAGAAGUCCUACUGAGCUGCUGCAAAUUCUCUCGGGUCUGACAGCAUCUGUGGAGAAAGACUUGACAUUUUGACUCAAGUUGAAGGAUGGUUGAACGUGCAAGUAGUUUGUAGAAUACCACUGUUCAUUCUAUAAGCAAGACCUGAGCUUCAGGUUGCAUGUCAUUUUAAUUCACCAUCUUGAGCUCAUGGUUUUUAUCUCUGCUUACUGCAGAACUUAAGAUGAGGAGGUGCCGGUGUUGGAUUGGAGUGGACAAAGAAUACUUUUGGCCUUUGGGCGCUUUUGACAUUCUCCAAUUAAAAUGAUACAACAAUCCAAAAAAUGGAAGUAACCAAACAUUUGAAACGUUUAUUUGUUGGGGGAUUACAUCACACGGUCUCUGAAAAUGAAAUUAAAGAAAGGUUUAGCACAUUUGGUGCUGUGACAGAUGUGGAUCUUGUAUUCAGGAAAGACAAUGAAGGUAAUCCUAUUAAGACGUUUGGUUACAUUAAUAUCAAUGCUUCGGAAAGAGAAUUAAAACAAUGUAUUUCGAUUCUGAAUAAAUCAAAGUGGAAGGGUGAAACACUGCAAGUUGAAUUAGCCAAAGAAUGUUUUUUACAUAAGCUUGCUCAAGAACGACAGGUUGUAGCUAAAAAUCAGUUCAAACAACAAGUUAACAACACAACAAAAGUGGUAGAAUCUCUAAAGAAAGCUGGUGUUGAAAACUUCAAUAUCAGGUCAGCUGUACCAGGAACAGAAAUACCUGAGCACAAGGAUUGGGUUGUGAGUAAAUUUGGACGAGUGCUACCCAUCCUUCAUCUGCGGAAAAACGGUCAAAAGAAAAUAAUAAAAUAUGAUCCUUCUAAAUAUUGUCAUAACAUCAAGAAACUUGAUCAUGUGACAAAUUCUGAAGUCACAACCCCAGUAACCAACCUAACAUGGCAUCUCGAAGAAACAGAUGAUGAGGAAAUAAGGAAGAAAAAACGGGGGGACUUCCCUGCUCCAACACAACCUGCUAAGAGAAAGAAGCUGUCUGUCAGCAAAUACCAUGUGGUGGAUUCCAAUGAUUCUGACAGCAAUUUCACAGCAAACAUGUCUUCAUAUGCAGUAGAAGAUAAUGGCAAAAGUGGAUCUAAUAAGGAUAGAUUUAUUGCUGUGACAGAGAACAAGUUUGCUUUCUCAAAAUUACCUUGUUCUAUAAAUCGAAAUCUUGGUAGACAAGAAACUAAUGCCUCUAGCAAAAGUAAUACUUGGUCAAAAGCUCAAAUCGCAUGUCAUCACUCUGGCUUUGAAGAACAGGAAUUGAUCAGUGAAAGAGAGAAUAAUAAAACUGAAGAGCUUAGUCAGGCAGAACAUAAACUACGAGACAUGCCUUUGGAGGUAGUUGGUGAGGAUUACGUUUUAAGACAUCAGACACAUUGGGCACUAAAUGACUUGAGGAAAGAAAUUUUGGAAGACGUUAAUAGUGGUAGUGAGUAUGAUUCUGCUGAUACUGAUGAAAUUAUCUCUGGGAAAAUGAUUUCUCACAAAAGUUUGCCAAGAACAAAAUUUAGCGAAAAACGAAAUCCUUUGAUUUCUAAUACUGAAGGGGAUCCGAAGAAAAAGGAGUGUAAUUCCAACAGUAAUAGCAGUAAUGAAGAUUCCGAGGCAGAGAGUUCUGAAUCCAAUUUGGAUUCUGAUUAUGAAGAAAUGAUGAAUAGCUGUUACCGAAUAGACUUAUCGCUAACUGAUCUUGAACAAUUGGCAAAUAGUUCUUCCAAAGCCAAGAAAGAAAAUAACAAAUUGCAAAGCGAUUUGAAGUUAGUUAAAAAUAUUUCAUUACAGCCUUCCCUAAUAAACCCAUUGCCAUCAGCUUCAGGAACAAAGAUUUCUCAGAGCAUGCCUGCCUUGAAGAAAAACACCAUACUGAAUAAAAUUGCAUCAGCUAUUCAGGAUGAGGACAGCAGUGACUGUGAAAUAACACCAAAUAAACAGCUGAUUAACCCAUCUCCUUCAAAAAAGACAAUGUCUCUGUUCAAAUCAAAGGAAGAAAAUAGCAAAGGAGAUAAAUUAAUUAGUGACCAAUUAUUUUUGAAAGUGAAGAGGAAGAUGUAUAAAGAAUCAGAUAGUGAUUCUGAAACCUCAGCCGUUGACAAAAAGCAGAAAGUUAAUCAAACUAAGAAUGUGGUAUCCUCUGAUUCUGACAGUGAUGAGAAAAGUAAUUUCAAACCACCACCAUUUAAAGGAACAAAAUUUCUUCAAUUCAACACACCCACCAUGACCAUUCCUAGCCACAAACCUAACUUUGGUAUUUCUGAAAAUAAAACUGAAAAGUUGAAAUCUGUAAUACAAAACUUGUGUAACUCUGAAUUACUAAAUGGAGAAAGAUGUGGUGAUUGUGGAGAUGCCAAUGAGGCAGUAAAUGCUGUGAAACAAAAGAUGGUGCAUUUUAAGCAAACUGAACUUCCAAAAUUUGAAGCCUCAACUUUACUUGUUGUUGAAACCAGCCAUGUGAAGGAAGAGAGAGAAUGUAAAGCUGGAAUUGAUAAAGAUGUUAGGAACACUGCUCGUAGUUUAGCUGCAGGGACUCCUCGAAAUUCAGAGAAAUAUUUAUUGGACAAUCAAAAGAGGUUGGCUGCAUUACAUGAGAGACAGAAAGAAACAGAGAUGCAGAAGAAACUCAUUCAAGGAGCCCUGACAAAUUUGGACAAUCAGAAACCUGACAAAGGGAAACACAUUGUCUUUGAUUUUGAAGAAGAGAGUGAAAACAAUGCACUGUUUAAAGAUGUUGGAGAAAAUUUUAAAGAAGAAGACACAAAAAGUCAAGGAAAAUUGCAUGUUGAAAAAGCUUUUGAAAAUAGAACCAUUGGGAAACUGUUUGAUAGUGAGGAGGAUAAUGAAGAUGACAGUGAUGAAGAUUACAAUGGAAGAUUCAAACUUAAACCUCAAUUUGAAGGAAAAGCUGGUCAUAAGCUGUUUGACUUACAAUCACGAUUUGGAACUGAUGAAAGAUUUCGCAUGGAUGAACGAUUUUUGGAAAGUGAAGAUGAAAAUACUGUAUCUUCUAGAAGGUUUUUUUUUGCAGAAGAAUCUGUUAUGGAUAAAGGCCAAAGUUCUGAAGAUGAAGAGUUUGCUGAUGAAAAAAAGAGGGCACUGAACAUUUUACAGAGUGUUAUCCAAUUUGAUGGUGAAAAGUCUGAUCUCCGGAAAGAACAAACACGAUUCAAAAAAUUCAAAGAUGUUUCUGCUCUACGAUACGAUCCUACAAAGGAAGAUCACAUAGGCUUUGAAAGCAAACUAGAUGAUUCCACAAAGAAAAGCAAAAAAGAAAAAAGAAAAGCAAAAGAAGAAGCUGAGAAGCUUCCGGAAGUAUCAACAGAAAUCUAUUAUGAUGUUAAUGUGGACUUGAAAGAAAUGUUCGAUUCCGGGACCAAAGUGAACGAAGUCAAAUGGGACAUGAAAGAUGAUAGUCAGGUUCAAGAUCAACCUAUUGAAUCUCCUGAGACUGUUGAUUGCCUUUUAAAUGGUAAUUCGAAAGAAGAUUUGGCUGGUUUUACAUUUUCAUUCUUUGAUGAUGCAACUUCUAACACUCAAAAACCAGAACUCGGGUAUCAGAUUGAAUCAAGGCAUAUGACAGCAUUUCCAUGGCAAGAGGAUCCUCGAUUUCAAGAUAGCUCCUCUGAAGAUGAUAAUGAUGAAGAGAAAGAUUUAGAAAAUUGUGGAAAUAGCACAGAAAAAACGGAAGUAAUAUUUUCUAAGAAGAAUGCGAAUCUAUUUUUCUUCUUCAAAGAUGAUCAAAGGCUGAAAGAUGGCCCAAAACUAUUCUGUCGAACUACAGAUCUUGAAGAAGAAAAACAUAUUUGGGAAGAAAAGAGGACUCUGCUGAUUGAGACCCCGAACCUUCCCGGUGUAACCUUGGAGCAGGCAUCCUUUCUGAAAGCCCCCGACAAUCCAGGAAAUACAGGAGGCGGUGAGGCAGCUCCAGAGUGGUAAAGCGCCCGGCCCGGA